AUCGAGAUGAACAAAAAAGUAGUGCUGGAGGGUCACAAUCAGGAGGAGCGCAAACUUGACACCUACUUUGCCAGCCUUCAACGCGACCUGGAAAAUGAUUGCCAAUUCCUUGGUGUAGACUUCCAGGCUGUUCGUCUUUGUGUGGAGGCGGGUGUUGUCGCGGGAGGGCCCAUGGACGUGUCAGAAGUUUUUGAUUCAGAGAUUGGGAACAAAUCCUUUAAAGACUUUUCUACUCUACAAGAUCUCCUUUCAGAAUUUAGCCGGAAGCACGGGGUGAAAUAUAAGGUUUCGAAUUCGCUUCGCUACAACGAUGGGGAUCCGCGAAAACGGACUCUUGUUUACACAAUGGCCCUCUUUUCUUGCGUCUUGAAAAGAGCACAUCAAUGUCCUUCCUCAUUUCGUAUCGAGGUUCGAAAAGGUGCGCUUCAAAUCGUGAAUCGAAUGAUGCAGCACAACCACGGAAAGAUUGCGGGUGACCCUGAGCCAGUUGUCGACCUCACUGAACAAUUUAAUGCACACUUUCUCAAUGCAAAACUCACCUCCUUCGCUGUUGUAAUGGCAAAAGUGAAGGCUUUUGAAGAAGCCACUGGAAGUGAGUUUCGAGUUGGGCGCUCUGAUCUGUUCAAAGCUGGGGAGAAAGAAAAAGAGAUCUAUCGCUAUCGGCGCAUUACUUAUGAAUGUAUUCAUUAUGGUCAGCGAAAAAGCCUGGCGCGAUGUGCCUCUGGCUCAGCUGCACCGGGGACCAGCACUUCGCGUCUUGGUUGUAUGGCCAAAUUCGAUGUACGUUACGCUCCAGAAGGAUUUAAAAUCAGUGCUGUGGUGAUGAAGCACAACCACGAAGUCUCACCUACAGCUACAACUGCGGCUGGAAGGUUUUGUCGGAGGAAGACGAGCCAAUAUCAUCAGAGGAGAUGUCUUGAAUGCGAGGCGGGGUGA